UGGUGAGGCAGUUUUAUUCCGAUUAGUGAUGAAGUUGCACAUAUUUCUUAGUGCGUGCUUGGCGGUGGUGUUGGUGUCUGCUGAUCCCGAGCCCUCGGCAACUCCUGCUAAACCACAGAAACGGGCCAUUCUAGGAGGGUACGGUUACGGAUUAGGAGGAUAUGGUUUGGGCGGGAUAGGGCUUGGUGGAUACGGCUUAGGAGGUUAUGGGCUCGGUGGAGUGAUAGGUGCUCCGGCCAUAGGGCCGGCCAUUGCCGCUGCACCGGCUAUAGGGCCGGCCAUAGCUGCUGCACCUGCAUUAGCGGCUCCUGCCUUACCUGCCUUUGCUGCACCAGCCAUCAAUCUGCAACCAACCAUUACCAGAAACAUCCACACACAUUCAACGGUAAAUCAACCCGUCCCGGUUCCAGUGCCAACUCCGGUGGCCGUUCCCGUGACUCGACAUGUAGCAGUGCCAGUACAGGUUCCAUAUCCGGUGCAAGUUGAUAGACCCGUACCGCAUCCGGUUGCAGUGCCAGUUCCAGUGCCAAGACCCUAUCCAGUUCAUGUGCCAGUGGAUAGGCCAGUGGCCGUUCCAGUGCCACAGCCAUACCCAGUUACAGUUACCAGAACCGUACCGGUGACAGUGCCGCAGCCCGUUCCAGUUCCCCAGCCAUACCCAGUGCCACAGCCUGUUCCAGUGCCACAGCCAAUCCCUGUGCCUCAACCGAUUGCUAUCCCCUUACCAGCCCCCGCACCGCAACCAAUUGCAAUUGCACCGGCACCCAUCCUACCCGCCUAUGGUCCAUCGAUAGCGGCUGGACCCUCGAUUGGGCCCAUCAUCGGCGGUGGAGGUCUCAUCGGUGGCGGCAUCAUCUCGGGUGGCGAACUCAGCCCCGGUGGUCCCAUCCUGAGCGGGGGACCGAUCCUCAGCGGGGGUCCAGUUCUUAGCAGCGGUUCCAUCCUCGGCCACAGCUAUCACGGGCUCGGACACCUUGGAUUAGGGCUGAAGAAAUACAUAGGCUAGAACGCUGCCUCGACCACCACCGGCCAGCACGCACCAGAGCAACGUUUCAUAUUACAAAAUAGUCACUUAAUUGUAGGAUUUUUUUUAGUUUUACGUAGGACAAAUGGUCAAAGGUAGGAGGCCCUCCACUGAUUACGCUGAAGUUCAUGGGGGGAGAAGAAGGAGAACGAAGUCUGACAUUUUCUCGCUUCCAAAUCGAAAUUAUAUGAAUGUGAUAGCAGAAAGGGAGCGAGCUGGGAAAUGCUUUGCGUAAUUUGUGGACGGCCCCCAAACUGUGACUUCGGUCCAACCCGAUCCAAAACUAGGUCUUAUGCGUUUUGUUUAUGAACAGACAUUUACCCUUUUAAGAUGCAAUUUUCAUUAAUGCGUGAGUGAGAACGAACUGAGCAAUCGAAUCGAACAUGGAACGACAAGUCAAGCACCUAUUUCUAAAUAGGAAUCAGUCAGAUAGUAGGUAGGUAGGUAAGCAUAA